CUGGGAUAUUGAAGGAUGGGUGAUUCUGAGAGGAAUAAUCCUGUGAUGACUGAGGUGAUGUCGUCUUCAUCUAAUCGAAUUACUGAUAAGAAGCUUGUGGGGAGUUCUAACUUCCAUCAAUGGAAGAAAAUUGUGAAGCUUACUUUGACAAGCAGGAAUCAGAUUAGACACAUAACUGAGCCGAAACCCGAAGAUGAUGCAAAUUGGGAUAUUGUUGAUGCAUGCAUCCUUGGUCAGAUGUUAAACGCUAUGGAAAAUAAUAUAGUUGAUCUAGUAACUCAUAUUGACACGGUCAAAGAAAUGUGGGACUAUUUGAAUGUAUUAUAUUCUGGCCAAAAUAACCUGUCACGAGUUUAUGAGUUAUCGCAGGAGUUUUACCGAUCUGAAAGGAAGGGACGUCCUAUGACGCAAUACUUUGCUGAGUUUAAGAGAAUGUAUGAGGAGUUGAAUGCUAUUCUUCCCAUUUCAGCCAAUAUUCAGCAAAUGCAACUUCAAAGAGAACAAUUGGCUGUAAUGGUGUAUCUAGCAGGCAUUGGUCCUGAAUAUGAAACUGUUAGGUCUCAGAUUCUUGGAGGAGAGGCUGUCGCAUCACUCACGGAUACGUUUGCUCGGGUACUUCGGGUAUCUCGUGAGUCUCCUCAAGAUAUUACACCUAUGGCAGAUAGUUCAGCUCUUGUGUUCCAAUCUCGAUCGGGUAGCGGUAGCAGGAGUGAUGGAGGAAAUCGUGGAGGAUAUAGUGGACGUGGUGGCCGAGGAGGAGGCCGAGGUGAAGGACCAGGGAGAGGCCAAGGCCAACAGCACGUGUCUACUAACAACUCAGGGGCCAUACGGACGUGUCAUUACUGUGGGAAAGCUGGCCAUAUUCAAAAAUUCUGUUACAAGUUACAUGGAAGAUCAGUGCACCAACAACAGUUUGCACAUACUGCUUCUGGUACUGAUUCUUCUCCACAGUCUUCUGAAGGCAAGGUAGUUGUUAUGUCUGAUGAGGAGUUUGCACGAUACACCCAGUCUCAGAUUUCACAGCCUGCUUCUUCCACUGCUACUUUGGUACAGACAGGUAAUGCGACUACAUGCCUUUCAGCUGCUUCUUGUCCUUGGAUCAUUGAUUCAGGGGCUUCUGACCACAUGUCGGGUCUUUCAGGAUCUGGCUACGAAGAGGACGAUUGGUAGAGGACAUGAGGCAGGGGGGUUGUAUGUACUUGAAGACGCUACUCCCAUUGCAUGUCCUAGUGUUGCAUCCUUACAUCAGAUCCAUUGUCGACUUGGUCAUCCUUCUCU